AUCAAUGGAAAACAUUGCCUUUAUUAAUAAUCUUUUCUAUAGGAAUUCUAUAUAUAUUAAGCAGUAGUCGCCAUCUUAAAACUAACAAAAGUCAUUCCUCCUUGCUCGUAUUGCGUAUCUUUUUAUUUGUUGACAUUAUCAAUAAUUAAACUUCCGCAUUAAGAGGAUCCUAUUACUGAAGUAAACACAAUUGAAUAAUUGUAGAUAGUUGAGAAAAUAUUCUUUAUAAAAUGUGUAUUAAAAGACAACAAAUUGUAAACGAUGAAAUUGACGAUACGAGCAAUGAUAUUAAAAUUGUGGUGCAUCAAAUUCUUAGGGAUUAAAGGUCAAUACAGUUAGCAAUAUCUUUUUUCAUUUUAAAAACAUUAUACUUAUUUCUAACUGUAUUUAAAGUGAAUUCUUGAAUAAACAAUUAUAUAGUUGCAUAAAAUAUUAAGAAAAUGGCGACAGAUGUCGAGGAAUCAGAUACGGAUGAUCAUGAAAGACCAGUUCCGCCAAAACGUCAACGUACAAGAUGCAUUAAGGUCGAUGAAAAUUAUUCCGAUACGGAUAAUCAUACAACAUCAGACAACAGCGAACAUACAAUUCAAGAUGCAGAAAAUGUUGAGUUAGAGGAUGUAAAAAGAAGAGAGAAAUUAAGGCGAUGGCAGGCCUGCCAAGUUGCGACAGGAGUUGUAGACAAUACUAUUAAUAAUAUGUUAGAAGAUCUUAUACCAAACGAAUCGUUUUCUGUGGAAGAGACAGAAUUUCGUUUACUUAGGGAGAGUGACAUGGAAAAUACAGCUGUGAUGAUGGCCAUUCGUAAUCAUGGUUUAGUUUCAUCAAGAGAACUUUUCCCUACGCCCAAUAAUCGAUGUAGAACCGCUUAUUGGAGUAACGCACAUGUAUCGUAUUGUUCAUCAAGUAAUAUGCAAGAUACAGGAGGUUUUUCUAAUUCCAUAGCUUCGUCAUCGGCUAAAUCCUUGGCAAUAUUUGAUCCUAUAGAAGUUCGACCAUAUAUUGAGCCCAAUUCGGAUAUUGAUGAAAUAGCAACUAAUGAUCAACAAGAAGAUUUCCUAGAACGAGCUGUAGAAGAAGCUAUCAAGAAAAAAGGCUUAAGUGCAUUGAGUGUUGAUUACGGAUGAACUGUUUUUCUUUCCAUUAAUUGCUAUACGAAUGUAUUAAAACACAAACAUGGUAUUAUUAUAUAUAAGACUAUUAUAUACAUUUAUGGGUAUAUAAUAGUGAUCAUUUUGUUCUCAA